AGGUAUAGGCACUCUCUUCCCGGGAAAUGGGACCUCCAUCCCCAUAUUCCUCAUCAAUUUCUGUCUAUCUCUGAUGUUUCGUCCUCAACAAUAGGUCACGCUUGGGCUGGGGGUUUGAGGGUGAAGAAAGGAGGAAGUACAGCCUGUUUCAUUUUCCUCCAACAAAUCGACUAAGUCUGAACUUCAACAGAUCGUCUCCAUUCACCUGUGCACGUGACUAUAUAUCUCCUCCUUCAUUUGUGACGUCGUGCCAAGAAUAGCAAAGAUCAGAAGCACUUUCAGCAAUGGCCAAAAGCAAAGGAAAGGGACAAAAACAGAAGAACGUCUUUCAAGUCGCAAACACUAAAAGUGUGAAAGCCAAAAACAAAGCAAAACCCGUCUUGUCAAAUCUGAAGAAGAUAAACGCUGCAACAAGUGAGAGAGUCCGCAAAGUAAACCAGGCUUUUUCCGAGCUGCACAAAGAUGUGACCCAGACAAAAAAGACGCCCGCUGCAGUAUCAAAGGAAAGUCAGAUUUCCAGGCCAACUCCAGAAGCCCCUGUUGACAUAGACAACGCCACAGACCUGUUCUCACAGCUAUAAUCCACCAGGAACAAUAUCCCUUUACUUAAGGAGACAGAAGGAUAUGAUUUAAUAUAUGUACAUUUUAUUGAAAACAUAGUACAAAAAUAGAAAAAAAAAAGGCGGUUUCACAACAAGGGAGCAAACAGGAGGAAGAUGGAGGCUUAUUACAGAUCCAUGUAC